CGAACUAGCAAUUGUACACGCCAACAGACGCCAACGGCCAUGUCUUCCACUGCUCUCGAUGAUAUCUGGAAUGAGCCUUUAGACGAGCCCCCGCAUCGGGCACCGUCCCCUAUUGACCUCACCACAGACGACCAGUCGCCUCGCCCUCCCAAAAGACCACGUUCGUCGCUAUUCCUCGACUCUGGCUCCGAGGAUGAGGACCCUCCUCCGCCUGCACGGAAGUCAGUCCCACCAAGCACGGAGAAGUCGGAGAUUGACGCAAUGUUUGACAACCUUGAUGCGGAGCCAGACGCGUUUGACGGUGACCUUCCUCCUGCGCUUGACCUCGACGCGUUGAGGAAGCAGGAGGACGCGAAGAACGAGAAGAUAUACAAGAAGCCGUCUGCGCUGGACCUUGAUGUGCCCGAUACUAGUGGGACUGCAGGAGGAGAGGGAAGGAGUAGAGGUAGCGGGAAGGAGAAACAGCCAAGGAAGCCCCUCCCGAAGUUGGACGAAGCGAGGGUGCUUGGGCCUGACGGUUUCCCCGCUCUGCUGAAACACGCGAAGACCUUCAGGCCCAAAGGGAAAGGCCACGAGGCGGCGGAUUUGAAUCGACUACUUCAGGUUUACCACUACUGGACACACAAGAUGCAUCCUAAGACUCCGUUUCGCGAGACGGUUAAACGCGUCGAGAAGCUGUGUCAUUCAAAGCGGAUGCAUGUUGCGCUGACCGUCUGGCGCGACGAACACAAGGGCAUCAACAGAGAUCGCAAGAUCGACCCCGACUUGGACGAGAGUAGUGAUGACGAAGAGGCGAGCAACCUUAAACUCGGCGCAAAUGACCCUCGAGAUAGCAACGAAGUUCGAGACGAUGAUGAUGUACAUGACGGAGAGCGUGCAUCCUCGCACCCGCCUUCCCACCCUCCAUCCUCUGAACCCCCCUCCUCUGACGGGUUCGCUGACUUCGACCUGGACGCGAUGAUACGCGAGGAAGAAGAGAGACAAGCUGCCGAAGCCAACGCUGGGCGCAUUGGGCCCGUCGGCACCAGUGCUCCUCAGUCCAAGCCUGCGGUCCGGGACGAGGACGAAGCGAUGUGGGACGCUUUCGAUGACGACGUCCCUCACAAUCCUGGUACCUCUACAACACCAUACGCGACCAUACCAACGAACCCGGAUCCAGAUGAGGACGAAGACAUGUGGGAUGUCAUCAGGGAGAUGGAAGCCGCAGAGUCGAGCAAGGCCAGUGCGCCAUCCGAGACCUCCGGGCCUGCUAAGGCGAGUAGUAGCUCACAACCUGCCACGAAUGACGAGGGUUGGGAUGAGAUGUAUGCGUAACAUAUCUCUAGCGUAGAGACAUACUACGUUAGUGCGGGACUAGUACCUAGUUGAUUGGAGGCGCGGGUCUGUUGUUAUCUGGCAGCCUGCAGACGUCAAGUCACUUUGCCGGAGUGGUUAACGGGAUCGCCUGCUAUAUUUAGCU